UUGACAUUUACAAUGUUACAUUAAAAUGAUAGCACACAAACUAGAGUCAGAUCUAUAUACUGUGACUCAAGAACCACAGAAGGGGAAGUCGAAUUUUAAAGCCACGGAAUAAAGGAGAGGAACUGUGACAACAGGAAGUCAGCAGAGACGAAAUAGCCAGCCAACCGCAUAUUAUAGGAAACAGAACAACUUAAAUAGAUUGUUGAAUGCACCAUAUCGAAGAGAGAUAAAGACGACUCUGAAAGAUGUGGAAGGCUGCUGCGGGACACAAAGUUUCAGUAAAUCAGUCUGAAGGUGGGGAUGACUGGGAAACUGAUCCAGACUUUGUGAAUGACAUCACUGAAGAGGAACAAAGAUGGGGGGCUAAAACCAUUGAAGGAUCUGGCCGUCCUCAGCAUAUAAAUAUAAGUCAGUUAAGAAGCAAUGUUUCUAAAGAGCACGAACAACUGAAGAAAAAGGAGCUGCAGGAAGGUCCAAGAGCCUCAUAUGGAUAUGGAGGACAGUUUGGAACAGAGAGAGACAGGAUGGACAAGAAUGCUCUGGGUCAUGACUACAGGGCAGACGUGGAAAAACACUCCUCGCAGACUGAUGCAGCUAAAGGCUUUGGGGGCAAAUAUGGAGUGCAAAAGGAGAGAUGUGAUAAGUCUGCAGUAGGAUUUGAUUAUAAAAGUCAGACUGAGCAACAUUCUUCACAGCAAGACCAUUCCAAAGGUUUUGGAGGGCGUUAUGGAGUUCAGAAAGACCGUGUGGACAAGUCUGCAGUAGGAUUUGACUACAAGGCUCAGGUGGAGCAACACGCAUCUCAGCAAGAUUAUUCAAAAGGAUUUGGAGGUAAAUUUGGUGUACAAAAAGACAGGCAAGAUAAAGCAGCUCACAGCUGGAGCCACAAAGAGGAGGUACAGCCACAUCAGUCUCAGACAGAUCAUUCUCAAGGAUUUGGAGGGAAAUUUGGUGUACAGAAAGACAGACAAGAUAAAUCUGCUCACAGCUGGAGCCAUAAGGAACAACUACAGCCCCAUGAAUCUCAGACAGAUUACACAAAGGCAUUCGGAGGGCGCUUUGGAGUACAGACUGAUCGUGUGGACAAGUCUGCCUCUGGAUUUGCUGACAUUGAAUCACCAAGUUCUGUAUACCAGAAAACACAGCCUCUGGAAGCCAUGACAAGUGGUGCUCAGAAUCUAAGAUCACGUUUUGAAAACAUGGCUAAAACAGCAGAGGAAGAAAACCAAAAGAAAGCAGAAGAAGAGAGAGGGAGGAGACAGAAGAGAGAGAAGAUGGAGAAAGAGGGACAAGCAAAAAAAGAGGUUCAAGAAAAUUCAGAAACUAAUGUUCCUCAGAGGCUAUCUGUUCCAGUUCCAGUUCCAGUACCAGUACCAGUUCCAACUCCACGUGUUUCGACGGUGACAGCACAACCUGCUGAAGAAGAAGAAGAAGAUCCCAACUAUGAAGCAUGUCCAAUGGUCCCUCCAAGAUUGCCAAUGAUUGCUCCUGUGCCUCCUGCAGAUGAAACAUCCUUUAAUGAGGAGACAUAUGAAGACAUCAUAGUUCCCCCUCCUGACACAGAUGAUUAUGAAGCUAUUCCAGAUCCUCUUCCAAGGGAGCAGGAAGAAGAGGAUGGUGAGGAAUAUGAAUGUAUCCUGGAACAACAAGAUGAUAAACAGGAAGGCCUAUAUGAAGAAUUACCAAAAGAGGGCACCAACGGGAUCUCUGCCAUUGCUCUGUAUGAUUACGAAGCAGGUGGUGAUGAUGAGAUUUCAUUUGAACCUCAGGAUAUCAUCACAGAAAUUGACAUGCUGGAUAAGGGUUGGUGGAAUGGAUGCUGCAAAGGUCGGCGAGGGCUCUUCCCUGCUACCUAUGUGGAGCUUAUGCAGUGAUAACCUGACUUUGCUAUUUUGAUACUGUAUGUCAUGCUUCUUGAAAAUGUCUUUUUCCAGUUGUGUAUUGCAACUCAA